UGGCGAGCGACGGCAGCUGGCGGGUGCGCGUGCGCUGGUCUGCUCUUGCUCGGCGGCGCGGCACCCUGGACCAUUUGGUGGCGCGGUGUAUGUGGAGAGGGUCGUGUAGCUCCCGUCCCUGACUGAGUGUGACAGUGGCAGACGUCAUGACGAGAGCCAACCUCUGAUCCCCAAACAUUGUCUUUUCCUUCUCUUCUUUGCCCAGUGUCUGUGUGGUGUGCUAAUAGCCAAUACAACCGGCACCAUGUUUGAACACCGUUCUAGCGGUUCAUCCCACUGGGGGAUGAAAAUGUUAGGCCUGUGUGUUUUAGUGCUUGCAUUUUGUAGUCCAGUCUCGGCUUCAGAAGACAACAGCACAGUAUUUGAAAAAUGUGUCGACGGUCUGAUCAUCCCGGUGUGGACUCCUCAAGAGGGACUGUCAACGGGAGACCGCGUGGCUCGUGCGAUCGUUUAUUUCGUGGCUAUGGUGUGGCUCUUCAUCGGCGUGUCCAUCGUGUCGGAUCGCUUCAUGGGCUCCAUCGAAAUGAUCACGUCCCAGGAGAAGGAAGUGACCGUGAAAAAGCCCAACGGCGAGACGCAGAUUAUCGUGGUGCAAGUCUGGAACGAGACCGUCGCCAACCUGACUCUCAUGGCGCUGGGCUCAUCCGCUCCUGAGAUUCUCCUCUCCGUCAUUGAGAUCUACGCCAGGAACUUCGAGGCCGGAGACCUAGGUCCCGGAACCAUCGUCGGUUCCGCCGCCUUUAACCUCUUCGUCAUCAUCUCUAUCUGCGUCUAUGUCAUUCCCGACGGCGAAGUUCGCUACAUCAAGCAUCUUCGUGUGUUCUUCAUCACUUCCUUCUUCUCCGUGUUCGCCUACAUCUGGCUCUAUGUCAUCCUGGCUCACAGUUCUUACGGAGUGGUGGAGUUCUGGGAGGCCUUCCUCACCUUCCUCUUCUUCCCCAUCACCGUCAUUCUGGCCUACAUCGCCGACCGUCGCCUCCUCUUCUACAAGUACAUGAGCAAGGAGUACCGUCUGAACAGGCGCGGCGUGAUCGUGGAGGUCGAGGGUCGAGGGGACGUGGAGAUGGGCAAGACGGACGAGGGCCCCGCGCUCGGCGAGAACGUCGACGAGUCCAUCAAGGAAUUCGAGGAGCACCGCAAGGAGUACAUGGCCAUCAUCCGCGAGCUCCGCCAGAAGCACCCCAACGCCGGAAUGGAAACCCUGGAAGGCAUGGCUCGCGAGGAAAUCAUCAACCGUGGACCAAAAUCCCGUGCCUUCUACCGCAUCCAAGCGACCAGGAAGCUGACGGGUGGCGGCAACAUCAUGAAGAAGGUUCGCGAGGAGGCCAAGCAAGAGAAGGAGGAGGAGAUCGAGGAAAAGAAGGACGACGAAACCAUCCGCGUGUUCUUCGACCCCGGCCAUUACACCGUCAUGGAGAACGUGGGCACCUUCCAAGUGACGGUGGUCCGAGAGGGCGGUGACCUGAACACCACCGUCCUCGUGGACUACAAGACCGAAGACGGCACCGCCAACGCCGGAGGUGAUUACGUGGGCGCCGAGGGCACGCUGGUGUUCCUGCCCGGUGAAACCCAGAAGUCCUUUUCCCUGGAGGUUAUCGACGACGAAGUUUUCGAGGAAGAUGAACAUUUCUAUGUGCGACUUUCGAACAUGCGUUUGGGCUCCCCUGACGGCACCGCCGUGACCCACGCCGUCAACGGUGCCGCAGGUCAACCCAACAAGCCUGUCAAAAUGGAGCUGAGCGCCCCGUACGUCGCCACGAUCAUGAUCCUGGACGACGAUCACGGCGGCAUCUUCAACGUCGGCGAGAAGGAUGUUGAGAUCGUUGAAUCUAUCGGAACUUACGAACUGAAGAUCGUGCGCUGGUCGGGCGCUCGUGGCCGCGUCUCCGUGCCCUUCAAGACCGAGGAUGGCACAGCCAAGGCCGGCAAGGACUACGAGGAAUGCGAAGGCGAACUCGUAUUCGAGAACAACGAGACUGAGAAGACGGUGUCCAUCAGCAUCAUCGAGGAAGACAGUUACGAGAAGGACGUCCUAUUCUACGUGGACAUCGGCGAGCCACAAGCCAUUGGAGACAUCGAAUUCGACAUAGGUUUCGAAUUCGCUAACAAGGAGAGCGACCUGACCGAGGAGGAGAAGAUCGCGCUUCUCGGCAAACCUAAGCUCGGCAACUCGACUCGCACACAGAUCAGGGUCAAGGAGAACAAGGAGUACAAGAAUAUGGUUGACAAGUUGGUGAAGAAGGCUAACGCAUCUCUCCUUGUUGGAACCUCCUCUUGGAAGGAACAGUUCAGUGAAGCCAUCACGGUCCAACCUGGCGAUGAAGAUGAAGAGGGAGACGAAGAGGAGGAAACUGAGAAGCUGCCAAGCUGCAUGGAUUACGUCAUGCAUUUCGUCACCGUUUUCUGGAAGAUUCUCUUUGCCUUCAUUCCUCCUACAGACAUCGCCAAGGGUUACCCAACGUUUAUAAUCUCUAUUUUGGGCAUUGGUCUUCUUACUGCCUUUAUCGGUGACUUUGCCUCUCACUUCGGCUGUUCUAUUGGCCUGAAGGACUCGGUGACAGCCAUUGCCUUUGUGGCUUUGGGUACCAGUGUUCCAGAUACCUUUGCCUCAAAGGUGGCCGCCCAGCAGGAUCCCUACGCUGACGCUUCUGUGGGUAACGUCACGGGCUCCAACGCUGUCAAUGUGUUCCUUGGUAUUGGUAUCGCAUGGACCCUUGCUGCUAUCUACCACAAUGUCCAAGGAAGAGACUUUGAAGUCUUGCCUGGCAACUUGGCCUUCUCAGUCACACUGUUCUGCGUGGAGGCAGCAGUAGCCAUUAUGGUGAUGAUGAUCAGGCGACACCCCAGCGUCGGCGGAGAGCUCGGCGGGCCAAGAAUCCCCAAGAUUGUGACGUCUGCCUUCCUCGCCUUCUUGUGGGUCUUCUACGUGUUCAUGUCCUCCCUGGAAGCGUACGACAUCAUCCCCUCUCUAUGAAUAAUCCGUUCCGGUUGUGAGGACGUCGCAAGGCUGAUGGGCAACGUGCCAUGGCGGGCGAUGAGGUUCUACCGCGACCUCUGUCCGAGCUUGGCCGGUCAAAAGCAGCGUAGACUAGCUAACCAUUGCCAUUAUCCGCCGUGCGGCCUAAGCGGCAGCGUUGUGUGAGUGACUACUACGUGUGAUGUCCUCCACUAUCACCACCAAAACCUCCACCUCUUCCACCACCAAAAUUACAUCCGGUCCUGUGUCAUCCAAAGGGCCUGUUUCUAGCUGUCAUGUCCACUUGCUCUGUUUAUUUUUUAUGUUUUUAUUUAUUUGUAUUAUAUGAGGCUGGACGAUCUACAGCCCUCUAUGAGCCUGUUUAUACCCUGUGGACGUGAUUCACGAGCAUUCCUCACUAACAGUGCCGUACCUCUGUCUCAUCCUAGCACAAAUUUCAGUUUUUGGCAUGGCGGUGCUUGUGGAUGCUACGGGAGACCAUUAAAACGAGGUUAUUACAACAAUAAUCAUAUGCAGCGACUAUGACGGAAGCUGCAUAUGGUUACGAUCAAAAAAACAAAUACAAAAUAACACAAAACUAAAAAAAAAAAAAUUGUACGACUACUUCCUCCAUAAGUGUAAGUAGUAAAUGAAAUGAUAGUCAUGAAUGGUUGCUAUGGUGACAGCAUACAGUGGCUGCUAUGCCACAGCUGUGAAUAGCUAUACUUGGUAGCCCUUGUUGCUCUCAUAGCCUCUCUUCUGAUAGCCACCAUGACCAUGUUCACAGUGGUGUGUCGGUCGUGUCUCUGGUCGCCCACAUCCGUCAUACGUUGGGAAUACUUUGGGUGACCAAGGUGUCCACUGCCCCAUACACUCGACUAACACCCAGCACUUUCCUCUUUAAUAAUGGCCUACUCUUACAAACUCUUGAAAAAAAAUGAUAAAAAAAUCAACAAAGAAAAGUCUACCCUCAUUCCUUGUAUGUUAUCUUUUAAGUUGUUUUAUUUUUCUGUUUUACCACAAGUGGGUUUUGUUUCUGUGGUUGUAUUGUGUGCCAUCAUCCCCCUUAGCCCUGCCACUAUGGUUGUGUCUUGUCAUUAAUGCCUCAUUAAUGCCACUGUGGUUGUGCUGUGUCAUUAAUGUGUCAUCCAUGCCACUCUGGCUGUCUCUCUCGCCGUCAGUCUGUCCCCGGCCACCGUGGUUUCUUCUCCAAUAACCUAGUAAAGAAUUAAAGCAGUACAAUGAGGCUAGUCAAUGGUUUGCAUAAUUAAGUAGAAUCAAAAGUUGAAAUAGCGAAACCAUUCAGAUGAGUGCCUUCAAUGUCGAGAAUAUUUAUAGAGAGUUUAUUGAUUAGUGAUUUUUUGAUGAUCUAGAAUCCUACAUCUUCUGCCAAUUGGUUCGCAGUCGCCAUCACUUCAAAAUGUCCCGACUAGGUUCUCCCCUUAAUCUUGUGAGGCAAUA